AUGGCGCCAAAAAUGACGGCGCUUUUGAGCGCACUGCUGCUUGCAGCUGUAGGCGUGGAUGCCCAGAUGCAGGUUGAUCUCGAUAAACCAUCUUCGAUCAAAUCGGCUGCGAAAACCAUCGCGGCCAACCUGUAUUCCUUUUACCACGGCGCCGAACCCGGUCAGACGCCUGGCAUUCUUCCGGGGCCACCGCCCGGCGGCCCAUACUACUGGUGGCAGGCGGGUGCGAUGUGGGGGACCUACGUCGACUAUUGGUUCUAUACGGGCGACGAUACCUACAACAAGGAAGCGACGCGGUCCAUGUUAUUCCAGGCUGAACCCCCCGUGAACGCCUACAUGCCCGUGAACUGGACCGCCUCGCUGGGUAACGAUGACCAGGGCUUUUGGGGCAUGGCCGCCCUCCUCGCUGCCGAAGUCAACUUCCCGAACCCGCCGGCUGAUCAACCGCAAUGGCUCGCUCUCGCCCAAGCCGUCUUCAACACCCAAGUGGCACGCUGGGAAACCCAAGACUGCGGCGGCGGCUUGCGGUGGCAGGUCGAACACACCAACAACGGAUACGACUACAAGAACACUAUCGCCAACGCUGUCUUCAUGAACAUCGCCUCGCGUCUUGCUCGCUAUACCGGCAACGCAACUUACGGCGAGUGGGCUACAAGGACGUGGGACUGGCUCCAUGCUCUGAAAUACAUCGAUGAGAAUUACAACGUCAUCGACGGUGGCCAUAUACCGUACAACUGCACGGAUCUUAACCCAGUUCAAUUCUCCGCCAACGCUGCCAUGCUCGUACAUGCAGCUGCAGUCAUGUAUAACUAUACCGAAGGCCAGACACAAGAGAAAUGGCGUGGCCACGUUACUGGCCUCGUCAACCGCACGAUCGAGUUUUUCUUCCCCGAGGGUAUCAUGGUCGAGCGGGCCUGCGAGCUCGAAGACCGCGUGCAGUGCAACACCGACCAGCACUCCUUCAAGGGUUACAUGCACCGCUCCCUCGCCACUGUCGCCGUGCUCGCGCCCUUCACCUUCGACACGAUUGUCCAGACCCUGCGCACCUCGACCGAAGGCGCCGUUAGCUCGUGCAAGUCGGACGGCACCUGCGGCUUCCGCUGGAACACAGGCUCCUACGACAAUGAUGUUGCUGCGGGACCCGCUGGCCAGGAGAUGAGCGCGUUGGCGGCGCUUUCGACAAUGCUGAUCAACCAGCAGAAGGUGCUUAACGGCCCGCUGACGAAUAUGACGGGCGGUACCAGUAAGGGUGAUCCCAAUGCGGGCCAGCGGUACACGGGGCUGUCUCCAUUGAAGCCGAUCACGACGGCGGAUAAAGCUGGGGCGGGGAUUGUGACAAUCCUGGUGCUCGCGUCGUUCUUGGGGAGUGUGGUGUGGAUGGGUAUGGGUUGGUCGGAAUCGUAG